AAAAAUUAAAAGAAAAAGCAUUCCUUUACAUGCAUUUUCUAAGAAUGUUUUCAGACACAAACUAAGUUACCUUGAGACAAAUGAAUCCUCAUGUUGCAGGAAAUCUAUUUACAAUUUAGGUUAUAGUUAAAUUAAAUUUGCAUAAUUAUUGGGACAAAUGAACACACAAAAUGUGACAUAAAUUAAGUCCUAUCACUCCUACGUAUUUCUUAAAAUUCAAAUUUAACUUGAUUCAAAGUCAAUGUCAGAAAUAGAACUUAGUACACAUUAUUCUAACAAUUUAUAUAUAAAGAGCUGAGAUGAACACUGAAGAUGUAUCAUUAGUUAAGAUCCUACAGUCAAAGCACCAGUUACAGCCAGUUUCUAGUAAUCCAACAAUGAAAUUUUCAAAGAUCUAUUCUGGAAUCGGUGCAGUACUACUGUUUGUUGUAUGCAUGACAAUGAUGAAUUUUUCAUCUGGCGAACAGAGAGUGUGUGGUCAAGGAUUAAGACAAACAAUGGAAAUGAUGUGUCCAAACGGUUUUCAUGGAUACAAAACAAAACGAAGCGGAUUGAAUCUUGAUGAAGACUUGAGUAUCGAAGAUACAGAUGAAGACUUCAAUUUUGGUUUGAGCCUAGAUAUGUUGCCACUAUUGACAAGCAUGGAAAACAGUGGUUUAGCCAAGAUCCGACGACGUAGACACGGGAUUGUACAUGAAUGUUGUGAUAAGCCUUGCACAAUGAAUGAAAUGUUAUCUUAUUGUCUUUAAUUUCAAAAAGUUUUUUUAAUCCAAUGCCGAUUACAGCAACUUUGGAUAUGUGACUGGAAUAGAAUUUCAAUUCUAAUUGUAUUAAUGUGUUCUUAAUUUGUAUAUUAAUAAUUUAUUUACUUAUUUUACUCAUUAA